AUGGCUGAUUUUGACAUGACUGAUUUAGGAAAGAUGAAAUAUUUUCUUGGUAUAGAAGUAGUGCACACAACUUCUGGUUUGUUCAUUGGCCAAAAGAAAUAUGCUGAGGAAGUUUUGGAGAGGUUUCACAUGGAGAAUUGUAAUCCAGUUGGAACUCCAACAGAACCAGGAUUAAAGCUCUCAAGUGACCUUGAUGGAGAGAGGAUUGAUAAUACUUACUUCAAACAAAUUGUUGGAAGUUUAAUGUAUUUGACAACCACUAGGUCUGAUAUUAUGUAUGUUGUGUGUUUCAUUAGUAGGUACAUGGAAAGUCCAACAGAGCUACAUCUCAAAGUCGCAAAAAAGGUGUUUCAUUACUUGAAAGGAACAACAGAUUUUGGUAUUUUCUAUAUGAAAAAUGGAGGAUCUGUUUUGACUGGUUUCACUGACAGCGAUUAUGCGGGUGAUUUAGACGAUAGGCGAAGUACAUUUGGCCACGUGUUUAUGAUGGGAUCAGCUGCUGUAUCAUGGGCAUCAAAGAAGCAAAACAUUGUUACUUUGUUCACAACCGAAGCAGAGUUCAUAGUUGUGACAACUUCGGCAUGUCAAGCAAUUUGGUUAAGAAGACUUCUUGAAGAGCUGCAUUUUUAUCAGAAUGGCAAACUAACCAUAGAUUUAGUUUAUUGUCGAAGUGAAGAACAAGUGGCAGAUAUCAUGACAAAGUCUCUAAAACUAGAAGCAUUUGCAAAGCUAUAUGGGUUGCUUGGAGUUUGUUCAAGAUCAAUGUUAAACGGAAUGAUAGAUAACAUUCAGUUUAAGGGAGGGUGA